CCCAAUUGCUCCUCAUUCUCGCUUUACGCAUCUUCCCUUUAUCCGAUUCCCGCCUCUGGUGGCCGUCGAACCGCGUGUCCAUUGGCAGAAUUGGUGUCGCUUUCCGAAGAGGUGUACAGCCUGACGCGCGAGUGGCUGUCCCGACUGCCGUGCGAGAAGCGUGCAUGUCUGCUCGGCUUUUUCGGUCCUCUGCCCGACUACACGUCCUGCCUCGUGCCCGUCCCAGCAUACCUCCCCUCCGGCCGGACACACUCUUCCGGACCAGGCACCGGCGAGCCUUGUCAACCGCGGAGUCUGGAGCGGGCGUCCGAGGCCGUCGGUCAGUCCGGCCGCACCAACGGUCUGCCGACUGCAACGACAUCCUCCCUCCUCGUCGGUUGCCCAGCGACAGUUGGCUCCAGUCCCGUUGUCUCCUGCCAUCUCCCACGAGCAAACACGGCUGCCCCGGCCCUGCAGGUCACUUCUGCCUUGUUGUUGCGUCUGUCUCGUCACGCCGCGACCACGACCGUUCAGGCUCCGCAGAUGCGUACUCGCGGACUCGGUCCUGAAGGUGCCGAUGCUUCGGACGAGACUCGGGAUCUGCCGGCCUCGCGAACGUGCGAGUUUGCACCACCGCUCGCUAACGUCGCGGCAAACGUCGACGUCUUGGUCGGCCGGACCGAGCCGCCCAGUUUCGUGUGGUGGCUGGUUGCUGUGCUGCCGAUGGAGGAUCGCUGCAAAUACGGCAUGCUGGCAUUGCGGCACUCGGAGACGCGGAUGCGCUGCCUCCUAAGAGCCUUGCGUCGUCUGAUACAGACGAAUCCCCCUCUCGACAUAUGCAACCGCGCCAACGGCAACGGCAACGGCGACGGCGACGGUCAUGCCAACGAAGCCGGCGGCGGUUACGCCUCGACCGAAGGGGGCCGGGCCACGGAGGUGGAAGGAAGGGAGGACAGGCUGUACCGGCCCGGGGGCUCCGAGACUCAGACCUAUCCAAAUGUUGCUGUCGUCGCCAGUAAGCCCGAACAUUUUUUCCUCUUUUCUUUCUUUAUUGCCCCACACGCAAUGCUCCUACUCACCAUCUGA